UGGUAGUCUGCAGUUACUCCCAUCGUGUCAGGGGAGUACAGUCACCACCGGGACAGAGCAGCGAUGGCAUCCCGGGUCUCCUUCACCCAGAUCCGGCUGGAAGCGGAGCUGGAGCGGUACCGGGCCGAGUGCCAGUGGGACAAGAUGCCGGCGAUCAUCGACCAGAUGCACGCUGCGCGGAUCCACGAGGACGAUGAUUACGGGACACUGCUGAUGGCUGAGGCGUUGCUGGAGGAGUGCCUGCAGGAAAACAUGGAUCUAUUACGGAGAUCAAUACCUUUGAUGGACAAGACCCAGCCCAGAUUGUGCAGGGCUAAAGGCCACCUCAACACCAUCCUGAGCCGAGGCCGCCUCACACCCAGGUUCUUAAAUGAGGCUCUGCUGCUGAUGGCCAAAGUACACUAUGUGCAGGGUCGCUACCGGGACGCCCAGGGAAUGUGUGCCAGGGUGGGACUGGAGGAGCUGACGCUGGACGACCAGCCCACCUACCACCUGCGACUGCUGGCUGAGGCGUUUGUCAUUAAAGGUCUUUCUCUGGACCACCAGACAGUUUCUGCAGUGUCUCGGGUUCGUCUGUCAGAGAGGGAGGAGGAGAGUCUGUCCUGUUACCUCAAGGCCUGCGACGCUGCUCUGUCCUACCUGCAGGAGCUCGAUAAGGUAGUAACCACGCCCCACACCAAGACAGCCAAAGCUAGUCUGCUUCCCCCACCUGUGGACAUCGACCUGGGAUACUUCCUGCAGGCUGCAUUGCAGAGCGCUUACAUUUGUCUGCUGCAGAGGGGUCAUCUUGCACAGGGUGCUCACCAGCUGCGUAGGGUGCUCAGGGUGGUGGAGUCACGAGGGUCUCAGAGCUUUAGGAAGUCUGCAGCAAGGAAGCUAGCAGAGGUGCUGCUGAGCUCAGUGAGUGAAGACAGCUACUGGCCCCCGCUGGGCCCCCCACCCCCAUCCUGGCUCCACAGAGAGGGAGCUGCCGCCUCCAAAGACGCAAUCUACCCGACCGUUAAACCACCGCAACGUUACAGCACAGAGUGUUGCUUCUGUCCUCAGGACGUGGUGGAAGAGGCAGUGUUGCUGCUGCUCAUCACAGAGUCCAUGGCCAGUGGCGAAGCGGUGAUCAGUCGUCUGCCUGACCAGGCCGAGGCUCGCCAGGUCAGUCUGCAGGAUGCUGCCUCCGUCUACGAUCUGCUCACCAUCGGCAUGGCCAGGAGGGGGCAGUACGCCAUGCUGUCUGAGUGUCUGGAGCGAGCCAUGAAGUUCUCAUUCAACGAGUUUCACCUCUGGCACCAGCUGGGCCUGUCACUCAUGGCGGCCGGGAAGGGGGUUGGUGCUGUGUCUGUAUUUAAAGAAUGUGCCAGGAUGAGACCCGAGGACCCUUCAUUGCCCCUGUUGGCUGCUAAAGUCUGCAUUGGUCAACUGCUCUGGUUUGAGGAGGCGGGGGCUCUGUCCCAGAUUGUGGUGUCUAUGGGGGAGGAAGCUGGAGAAUUUCUUCCCAGGGCCUACAUGGCUCUGGGCCUCUGCUACAGUCUACAGGCCUCUGAUGCUACUCUCAAAGAAGAUCGGAAUAAAUUCAACAAAAAAGCACUACAAGCUCUGAGCAAGGCUCACUCAUUAGACCCCCGGGAUGCUCAGAUUGCUAUGUACCUGGCUCUGCAGCUGGCACUCGUGCGCCAGGUAUCGGCAGCCAUGGAGCCCCUGCAGGCAGCUUUAAAUCUCCAUGGGGAUGACUUACACUCCCUCCACCUGCUGACCCUGCUGCUCAGCGCCCAGAAACACCACCGUCAUGCCCUGGACACCUUGGGCCUGGCCCUCAGCCAGCACCCUGACAACUUCAAUUUGCUGUUCACAAAGGUGAAGCUGGAGGAGGCCUUGUUUGGACCGGCUGCUGCCCUGCAGACCUGUGAAGAGAUGCUGCAACGCUGGCAGAGCCGCUAUGAUGUCAGCCGCUCCAGUGAGACAGAUGACAGCAGCAGUAUACCGAUGGCUGAGAAGACAGAGGUCAGCCCCGGAGGCAGGAAACCCUCCAUCCACCUGACUCUGCCGGACUUCCAGGACACCUCCACUGGUUCAUUGAGCCCGUCAUCAGUCGCAGUAUCUCGCCUGGAAGCAGCGCUUUCUGAGGUGUCGGAAAUCAGCUCCACCCGUCGCCAUGGACCCACCUACAUCUGGACCACCCUGGAACGCAUUUGGCUACAGGCUGGGGAGUUGUUUAUGGCAGACGGUCGGCUGAAGGAGGCCCAGUUCUGCUUUACUGAGGCCAGCUCGAUCUUCCCCAACUCGUACUCGGUGCUGCUGCAGCGGGGCCGCCUGGCCGAGCUCCGGGGUCAACUGGACGAAGCCAAAGGCCUGUAUGAUGAGGCGCUGGCCAUCCAUCCCACGGGAGAGCGCAUACUGGUGCACAUGGGACGUUUGCUGGUGAAAAGCGGACGUGUCCAUCUGGGGGAGAAAGUCCUGCGUGACGCAGUUCAGGUCCACAGCACCUCCCACGAGGCGUGGAGCGGCCUGGGCGAGGCCCUGCAGUCUCGGAGCUCCAGACAGGCCCCAGACUGCUUCUUGACAGCCCUGGAGCUCGAGGCUUCCUGCCCCAUCCGUCCCUUCACCAUCAUCCCCAGAGAGCUCUGAGGGGCCUGGGCUGGGGUGGAGGUUUGGGUUAAGGUUAUGGAAUUCGUCUCAGGCUGGAUGAUUAUACACUGAUGCAGAUAUAAAAAAAGCAGCACUGGGUGGAAAUAUGUCCCUUAUAUGAAGUUUGACAUUUUGAGAAAUAGACCUGUUUGCUUUCUUGCCAAGAGUAAGAUGAGAGUAUUGAUACUCUUCUGAUAUCUGCCCAUUAAAUCUACAGAAAAAAUUAAACAAACAUAUCUGUUAAUUAAAGAAAAUAAAGGGUUAAAAGAUUUAGCCAAGCUAGCUGUCCCCCCUGUUUACUGUCUUUAUGCUAAUCUCAGCUAUCAUUGGGUGGCCCUGAGAGCUCAACACACUGCUACUUGCAGCGUGUUUCAGAAUUUGUUUGUGUUUUGUCUAUUUGCAUGUGUUUUCUUAAGCUGCAGUGAGUUGAGCUCCCAGGGCCACCGUACUUACAGUCUCCUGCAUGUAGUUUCAUAUUCAACAAACAGAUAUGAGAAUGGUAUCAACUCUGGUCAAGAAAGAAAAUAAGUAUUCUUAACAAAAAUUUGUAGUAUUCCUUUAACAAGUAUAUUUCAGUAACAUCAGGACAUGUAACAAAUUAUUUUUCACUUUCAUAAUGCUCUCAGUCAAAAAUUGAGUUGUGACUUUCAUUAUCACCCUCUAAUUUUCCCAAAAAUACUGUAUCUGUACAUUCCUAGCAUCCAUUCUUAAUAAGCUAUAUUUAAUGAAAAAUGGCAGAAAUAUAUAUUUCCUCCUAGUGUUGAAUAUUAACGUGAAAACAGUAAAUGAGUAACUGAGGGACCCAGAUAUCUGCAGAGAAGGGGUGUAUAGAAAAGAUAACGUACCAAUGUUUUUUUUUUUCGCAAUAACUGACAAAUGAUGAGUAAUAUUUGUAAUAAUCAGAAUCACUGGGUGUCACUUUAACGGUUCAUAAAUGGCAGAGAUGUGCUGGUUACGUCUUGAGAUAGAAUGUAUGUUGCUGUGUUAUAUGUGGAAAAUGCAGAUACGUAGAUUAUGUAAAGGUUGCCAGUCACAACAGCAGCUCCACUUCAGCUUUAAGCCUUUGAUGUAUUCUGAUGAUCAUGUUGAUUGACACAGCUUUUAUGUACACAUGCACACACAUGCACACACAUACAGUUAUACACAAACAUUCCCACCCUCUCAUCUUCAUAUGAAACCUCAUAUAUUUUCCAUGGAAUGACAUAUUGUCAUUUCAUAUGUCGUUAUUAUGUAUGUGUGUGUCUCUGCGUGUUUUUCAUACAGUGUGUCUUUUACGUAAUGUAUCUUCAUGCAUGUGUGUUUGUUUAAGACCAUCCCUCUGGGGUGUUAUCGGUCCCUGUUAUGUUUGUUCUGUUUGUACAGUACAGUGGGCGACUCAUCCCCUAAUAAUGUGUGUGCGUGUUUUUUGUUUGUUUGUUUGUUUUUUUUGACUCAUCUGUUCGUAAUGCUCUCCAAUAUAAACAACAAUGGCUUUUAAAAAUCACUGCUGGAU